AUGCCUGACCAGCAACUCGCGCUCGUCAUCCCGUCCAAGCAAGCGACAUUCGCUGUGGCUUGCCGCAAGAUACCCCAGCCAGGUCCUGGCGAAGUUCUCGUCAAACUGCAGGCUACUGCGCUCAACCCUUUCGAUGCGAAGAUCCACAGGGAUGGCACAUUCGUCGACACCUAUCCUGCGGUGCUAGGUACCGAUGGUGCUGGCAUCGUAGAAGAAAUCGGAGAAGGUGUCACAAAAUUUGAUCCAGGAGAAAGAAUAUUCUUCCAUGGUGCCUUUGACGAUAACGAUUUGGCAACCUUCCAGCAGUAUUGCGUAGUCACGACUGACUUCGCUGCUAAGGUCCCAAGAAGCUUAUCGCUUGACCAGGCGUGUACCAUCUCAUGCGGAAUUGGCACAGCCGCGAUCGGGAUGUACGGUACCAUCAACGGUAUCGGUCUUAUGCCACCUUGGGACCGCGGUGGGUGGUGCAAGUACAAAGGUUGGCCUAUCUUGAUCUUCGGUGGUGCCGGCUCCGUGGGCAACUACGUUAUUCAAUUGGCGAAGCUAUCAGGCUUCUCACCUAUUAUUACCACUGCUUCGCUAAAGCACACGGAACAUCUGAAGAGUAUCGGUGCAACCCACGUCAUAGACAGAUAUCUUCCCCUACCAGCACUAAAACAGGCCGUGAUGAAAAUCACGGGCUCUCGCAUACAUAUCAUGUACGACUCCAUAUCCACCGCAGAGACUCAGGAGGCUGCUUGGUCGCUGCUUGCACCCGGGGGGAAGCUUGUCGUUACACAGCCAUCCUUGAUAACCAAGGACAGCUAUGACAGCAGGCAGGUUGUUCCUGUAGACGGAAGCCCGCAAUCAGACGAAAAUUGGGAAACGGGGAAGAGGCUGUGGGCUCAUCUUGAAAGAUGGGUCGAGGAAGGUCACAUACGACCAAACCAUGUCGAGCUAUUACAUGGCGGGUUGCGUGCAAUACCAGAAGCGCUCGGGAGAUUCAACGCAGGAAAGGUGGACGGUGUGAAAAUGGUGGUUCGCCCACAAGAAACUUGA